CUUUCCAGAGUGCUGGAGAGGCGCGUGACAGUACGCGGCCACCGUGCUCUUUCGGGACGCUGUUGACCCACUGCUGGCUCCUGGUAUCGACUGGCAAUCGGAAUCCAUUCCCCACCCACGGGCGCGAAACAGCCGCCACCUCCAAUGGUCACUUAGGGGCUGCACCUGAAACUCCUGCCACAGCCCCCUCCCGGGGCAUCCGCCCACCCGGGCUUCACCUCCGAUUCCAGAGAGUAGAUGGCAGAACAAAAGCAAAGUCGGGGGCUUCCGAUUGCUUUCCUGAUAGGGAGCAAUCAAGGAGGGAGGCUGAGGGAGCCGGCCCGGGACCCAGCUGGGAUGUCAAACCCGAGCCGCUGCCUUCUCUGGCAGGAUGGGGCUCCGGAUCGCCGAGCGGGGAAAGCGGCGGGGUCUCCCCACUCCCCCUCUCCCAGGGGCACCGACCGGCAAGCCCGCCGAACUCCGAGAGGCGAAGGCAGUGGGAAGAAAACGCCAGCGAAAGGGGAGCCACUUACCGAGCAGAACCCGAGAGCGCGGCGGCCCGGGUGUAAGCCGCCCUUUGUCUGCUGCCGCGGCGCUGGCGCGCUCAGCCAGGCCGGUCGCAGCCCCAGCUCGCGGCUAGCUCUCGCCGGCGCCCCGACAGCCCGGCUCGCGACUCCCGCUUGGGCUCGGGCUCCAGCUCUGGCCCCAGCCCCGGCCCCCGCCCGCGCCGCCGCCGCCGCUGCGGCUCCGCCCCGAGCCGGGCCCCGCCCCCGCCCGCCGGGCCCCCACCUGCUGCGGCGGCGGCGCUGGGGAGCCGGGCGCUGGGCUCCUGGGGGUGGCCGCCUCCCGCGCGUCCCGCUCUGCCCUCUCGCAGCCUCCAGGCCGUUUGGCCGGGCGGUCCCGGGGCCUUCCCCAACCUGGCCCCGCGGAGACCAGCUCACCUGGGGAGCCAAGCCCCGUCCUGGGGCAGCCUGGCCUUCCCGGGCACACGCGGGCGAGCCCCAGUCACUCCAAGCCCGUCCUCACGCCUCCUGCGGGACCGGAAUAAAACUAACAAAAGGGAACCAACACUUUGGGAGCCAGAGGAAAGGGACAAGAGAAGCCACCGACCCUAACACUGGUAAUAACCGGUGCUUCCGUGAUGCCUUCAACGAGCCCAAAGCGGUGGACACCGAUGAGGGGCGUCACUGAACGAGGGUGCGAUCCAUUGGAAUGGUCGAGGCGCUGCUUUUCUAGGCAUAGAAGAGUCUGAUAACCUAAAUAAAUAUUGUAUAAUGAGGUCACUGGUGACUUUAACUGCCCAUGAGCCCUCUCCUCUCCCAGAGCCUUCCAAGUGGGACCCGAAUUUUGGCACUUUCAUAGGCUCUACUGUGUACUGUGGUUAUUCCCCCUUCGUCCCCAGAGCCUCAUACAAUUCCAGGCGCUUAAUAAUUGUUGAAAGAAUUCACUGCCAAAUUUUGACGUGGGCAAAAACACAAAAAUGAAGGAUUGUGAGAUCAUAUUGGAAAACGCACUAAGGGGUUUGCACAGUGAUGGUGGUAUGAAGGGUAAUUAGUGUUAGCUGUCGUGAGUACCUACAAUCGCUGUGAUUCCUAUGUGUGCAGGUAGUAGGUUUGGGAUUAAAUGCUAAGUUAGAGACCGCAGUUAUCACGACCUUCAUUAACCUCAGAGAAUGGUUGGGGAUAAGGAGGGAGCGUGUAACAAGCAAGUGUAUGUACAUCUGUGGCAAGACAUGUGUCUUUCCUAAAGGAAACAUUUUAACAUUUUGCUUCCUUAAUUUUCAUUACAAGUAUUAUCAAUUCAGCAA